CAAUCCAGGCGCUCGGUGUUGAAGAGGCUCGGGAGAAUCCAAGAUGUCUGCGCCCAUGUAACGCUGGCGGCCGACUGACUUCUUCCUCUGCCCCGGGUCCCUGAGGCAUCGUGCUGACUUCGAGGACCAUGCUGGGCAAGACUCUGCGAGAAGUUUCUGCAGCACUGAAACAAGGCCAAGUUACACCAACAGAGCUCUGCCAGAAAUGUCUCUCCCUCAUCAGGAAAACCAAGUGUCUAAAUGCCUACAUCACUGUAUCAGAAGAGGUGGCCUUAAAGCAAGCCGAAGCAUCGGAGAAAAGGUAUAAGCAAGGUCAGUCUCUUGGAGACUUAGAUGGAAUUCCUGUUGCUAUAAAAGACAACUUCAGCACAUCUGGCAUUGAGACAACAUGUGCAUCAAAUAUGCUAAAAGGUUAUAUACCGCCUUACAAUGCUACAGUGGUGCAGAAGUUAUUGGACCAGGGAGCUCUACUCAUGGGGAAAACAAACUUAGAUGAGUUUGCUAUGGGAUCUGGAAGCACAGAUGGUGUGUUUGGACCAGUUAAAAACCCCUGGAGUUAUUCAAAGCAGUACAGAGAGAGGAGGCAGCGUGACCAGCAGGACGCAUCGCACUGGCUGAUCACUGGAGGGAGCUCGGGCGGCAGUGCGGCCGCAGUGGCAGCGUUCACGUGCUUUGCGGCUCUAGGAUCGGACACUGGUGGGUCCACCAGGAAUCCUGCUGCCCACUGUGGGGUCAUCGGCUUCAAACCAACUUAUGGCUUAGUUUCCCGCCAUGGCCUCAUUCCCCUGGUGAACUCGAUGGAUGUGCCAGGGAUCUUGACCAGAUGUGUGGAUGAUACAGCAGUUGUGUUAGGUGUACUGGCUGGCCAUGACCCCAAAGACUCUACCACCGUGCAAGACCCUGGGAAGCCAUUCGUGAUUCCCAGCCUGGUGGAUGUGAGCAGACUGUGUGUAGGAAUUCCAAAGGAAUAUCUGGUACCAGAAUUGUCAAGUGAAGUACGGUCUCUCUGGUCCCAAGUUGCUGACCUCUUUGAGUCUGAGGGAGCCAAAGUGAUUGAAGUCUCCCUGCCGCAUACCUGCUACUCAAUUGUCUGCUAUCACGUGCUGUGCACAUCAGAGGUGGCAUCGAACAUGGCCAGAUUUGAUGGGCUACAAUACGGACACAGGUGUGACAUUGAUGUGUCCACUGAAGCCAUGUAUGCCGCAACCAGACAAGAGGGAUUCAAUGACGUGGUGAGAGGAAGAAUUCUCUCAGGAAACUUUUUCUUAUUAAAAGAAAAUUAUGAGAAUUAUUUCGUCAAAGCGCAGAAGGUGAGGCGUCUCAUUAUGAAGGACUUCGUGGAUGUGUUUGACUCUGGAGUAGACAUCCUGCUCACCCCCACCACCCUGAGUGAGGCAGUGCCAUACGUGGAGUUCAUCAAAGAAGACAACAGAACGCGCAGUGCCCAGGAUGACAUUUUCACACAGGCUGUAAAUAUGGCUGGCUUGCCUGCAGUGAAUGUCCCUGUGGCCCUCUCAAAACAAGGGUUGCCAAUAGGACUGCAGUUAAUUGGACGUGCGUUUUGUGACCAGCAGCUUCUGACAGUUGCCAAAUGGCUGGAGAAACAAGUGCAGUUUCCUGUUAUUCAACUGCAGGACCUCACGGAUGACGGCACGCUGGCUCUUGAAAAUGGAAAGUUAACUUCUGUUUCUCUAAACCAGUAGUAAUCAAAGUAUCAUGUACCUGGCUGAAUGGGAUGCCGGGGAUCCAGUGCUGCGCCUCAGGCUU